GAUAAUUGACCGUAUAAGUGGCAACUCUAAAAAAUAUAUAAAUAGCUGCGAGUGCAAAAUAUCUGUAUUUAUGGGAAUAAAAUAGUUAAAUAUUAGCUAAUUAUUGUGAAAAAGAGUGCUUGCCAGCACCACAAAUCCGCACAAUGUCAAAGUCAAGUGCAGCACGCUGGGUAAAGUUCUUCAAUGCUGCGGGAAUUCCAUCUCCAGCGGCAGCCGGCUACGCACACGUCUUCGUGGAGAACCGCAUCCAGGACGACAUGCUGCUGGAUCUAAACAAGGAGUAUUUGCGGGAAAUGGGCAUCACCCUGAUGGGUGACAUAAUUGCUAUCCUGCGGCACUCAAAGACCGUCUGCGAGCAAAAUGCCCGGGAUCAGGUACUCACCACGGAUGUGGUCCAACCAAUUGCCCGACCGGUGUCGCCAAAGGUCAAGACGCCGGUGGCCACCAAAUCGAAAGCUUCUCCGCCCGCCAAACCGGCGAGACGAGUGCUUCCUGAACACGAGGGCAAGUACAAGGUGACACUUCCCUCGGGAACCACUGAGCGCAGCAAACAGAUCCUGGCCAAGCGGGAGAAGCUGUACUCCGAUCGUGUUAGCAGCUCCAAGAAGUCGGACAUCUUCUCGCGACUUCAAACUGGCGAGGACGAGUCCCAGGAGGGUAUCGUCUCUAGCUCCGGCGAGAGCAGCGUUCGCGUGCACAUCACUGGAGUGUCAAAGGUGGCAGACACCUCUAGCAACAAUUCGGUAUUCGCCCGACUUGGCGGCAAACAGUCUAGCUUGCCUAAGGAUUUAACUCUAAACAAGGAAAUUAAAUCGAUCCUUAAGAACACACAACGUUCGGUGGGCGGAGGCGUCACCAAGAACUCGCCCAUUGUCAAGGCCAAGAAGGUGGCCACAUCCGCUGUGCCGCAGCAGAAGGUUAUGCUCGUACACAAGGUACCUCUAAAGCGAGGCGACGAUGAAGACGACAGCAUGGAUGAUUUUGGAAGCGAUGAGGAUGACUACGCCUCCACAGGGGAAAGCGAAGACUUCGAAAUGGGGUCCGGCGAAAAGAUCGUAAAGUUCGCCUCAACAGCGGAGGUUCGUGAAAUAGCACCCGAGACGUCCUACAAAGCCAGGAAUGGCAAAAACUUUGCAAACAUAAAAUCGAGGCUGGGUAUGGUAUCCAAACUUCAUGCCACCAAGAAGACCUACAACUUAAAGGCAUCGCCAUCAAAGAAGCCGCAGGGUCGCCUUAGUCCAGUUAAGGGCAAGGUCAUCCGGAUGCGCAGCGACGAGCUAAUGACGCGCCAGGACACGCUGCCCGUCCACAAAAGGCUGGGCAGUAACUCGUCUUCCGCCCCCAUCAGAGCUCCGCCAGCAGUACCGCACCGUCAGCAGCGACUAGAGCAGCGACCAGAGCAGCAGAAGAAGAAGUAUAUCCCGCCAAGGCGGUACAAUAGCAUGAAUGCAGGCCAUAACAAGCCACGAGAUCAAUCUGGAUCCGUCUUUGACCGCCUAGGCUUCAAUAAUUCAAUGUAAAAUAUAAUUAAUGUGACCCUCAUAAAUUGUUUUAAGUUCAAAAGCCCCUAAUUAACUUUGUCAGUAAAUGUUCGAAUUCAA